AUGCGCGUGUGCUCCGUCCUCCUAGUUGCUGCAGCUGCUCUCAUCGCGACCAGUAAUGCUGUUGAGCCUUCCGCCACGUCAACCGUUGAGGUUGCUGAGGUUCAAGCGCGUGGUGCAGACAAACGGUUCCUUCGUAGCCACCAGACUGAGAAUGAGCAAGGAGACAGCGAUGUCAACGAGGCAGAAGACGGUAUUGAAGAGAGACUCCCCAACCUGUCGCCUGUAGACGACGCACUCGCCGGGCUCAAGAACGCAGUGAAGAUCAGCCCUGACGAUGUUCUGGUGCAGGCGAAUAACGGCAAAAUCGACAUGCAGCAAAAGCUCUUCCAACAGUGGUUGAAUGGCCCGCCUGAAGUCCGACAAAACGCGAUCGCCAAGAUCAUGAGGGAUGGAGGAUACGAGAAAUACUAUACGCUGUUGAAGGCGUGGGAGCACCACGCAGGUAGAACCGGCCAGGGCAUCGGCUUCCUCGGCGCUACCAAUGCGGUUGAUGAACUGCUUCCACAAGCUGUCAUCAGUGCGGCAGCUGCCGGAGAUAAGAGAGCCCAGGCGACACUAUUCCACAGGUGGAUCGGCGCUGAAGAGAAAACCAGGAAUACUGCGCUCAGAAUCCUCCACGAAUAUGGAAAGGGGAUCCUAGCGUAUACUAGACUCAACAAUGCGUGGUUGGAAUUCCUACGGCGACUCAUGUAA